GUUCUGCAUAGCAGGAAUAUAUCUAUAUCAUUUGUGCAUUAUAUGAUUAUGACAUUCCAAACAGAGGAGGAUGCCAUUUUUAAAAAUACUGCCUUAAAUCAAUCACAACAGUUAGAGCAAACUAUUAAAUUGGAUCAAAUUUCAACAAAUAUUCAUAGUAAUGCAGGAAUCGCAAGCAUUUGUGGUUUGAGCAACUUAGGAAACACAUGUUUCAUAAACGCAUCUUUGCAAUGCCUUUUGGGCACACAGCCUUUAAAGAAAGUUUUAAUGCAGACAGAUUUUCAAAUCAAAUUGGAGUUUAUGAAGCAAUUGCAAGAUAUAUUUGUAAAGGUUGAGAGUGGAAAGUAUUUAGUUCUACAUUUAAAAGCCUUUCAUCAAGUUCUUUCCAAGUUGCAUCCUGUUUUUGGAAAUUUUAAGCAGCAUGAUUCACAAGAGUUUUUAUCUUUUGUACUAAAUUCUAUUCAUGAUGAACUAAAAAAGUCUAACAUAACUUCAGAACAAUCAGAAGAAAAGGUUUCAUCAACUACUGACUGGAUAACUAAUGGUGUUGCUAAGCGACUUAAAAUGGAUAAGGUUUUACUAGAACCUGGUCAAGAAGUAAAUAGUAAAUCUUUGCAAUCUGUUGAUGAACGUGCAUGGAGCCAUUAUUUAGUUAACAAUGAAUCAGUUAUCUCAACCACUAUGCAAGGUCAGUUCCAGAGCAUUGUUUCUUGUGACAAGUGUGCAUUUGUAUCACAUACAUAUGAGCCCUUUAUGUUUCUUUCUUUACCUAUUCCGUAUGCUAUGGAAAGAGAUAUAGUUUUGACAUGGGUACCAUCCACUGAACUUCUAAUAUUGCAAGGCAAGCCUUCUAUUAAAAGAUACUCUGUUCUUGUAAAUAAAGAUGGUAGUUUAAAAGAUGUAAAAGAUAAGUUUUUAAAAAUGUUAACAACGGAUGAUUCUUCCAUAAUCAGUCAAAAUGUAGUACUUGCUCAAGUUAUAAAUGGUGGCAAUGUCAACAUACUAGAUGAGCGAACACUGCUAUCAUAUGUGAAUUUUAAAAAAGACUUAUAUGCAAUUGAAGUUGUUCAACCAUCUAGUUGCACAAAAUAUCUUGACUGUGACAACGUAACAAAUGAAUCCAUAGGCAAACCUGAUACAAAAUCAGAGGUUGCAUUAUCAUGGCAUGUAUGCAGCAUUUGUUUAGAAGAAGUGUUUGAUGAGCAUCUUACUAUUCAUCCUCCUUGUGGUGGAAUGAUUUGUUCAAGUUGUCUUGAAGUUACUGUUCAGUAUUAUCAAAAUGAGAACUUUGCUUGUCCGAUAUGUAAUCAUCAGAUAGUAUCAAAUGACUAUAAGCAAUUUGUGGAACCUGGUUCUAAUGAUGCUAUAAAUAGAAAGGUUCUGGUGCCUGUUCUAUUUCGCCGAAAAUUAGAUAAUAUGAAGCUUGAGCUUUUUGGGCAUCCAACAAUAUUUAGCUUGUAUUCACAGACUGACUCAAACUUUAUUGGGAAUCUGGUACAAAGUGUUGUUCUCUCUUUGAAUUCCUCCAGUAAUUUUGAUAUUGUGAUCACAGAUGCUGCUGGUAUUCGGUGUGGGUUGUGUGAACAAAGAGAUACAUGUACUGGUUGUUUAAUUAGUGAUUCUGUGAAGCUGAAACCUGGAAACUGCUUAACUAUUCAUUUUAAUCACGAAAAUAUAGAUCAGAUUGUUCAAAUGGAUAAAUCAAUGAGUCAACGUCGUAAUUUAAAUUUUGUAACAUUAGAUGAUUGUGUUGCAAAAUUUUCAGAAAUAGAAUACUUGACUUGUGAUUGUGCAUGGUACUGUCCACAAUGUAAAUGCAACCAACCUGCAGCAAAAAGAAUGACUGUCUCUAGAUGGCCAAUUGUUCUCAUAGUACAUCUUAAAAGAUUUCAUUAUAAAGAUGGUAAAGGAUGCAAGCUUCAAUCUCUUAUAGACUUUCCUUUAUCUAAAUUCAUGCCCAGUGUAUUGUGUACUAAUAAGACUGAGCAGAGUUCAUGUCCUGAAUAUGAACUUUAUGCGUGUAUUUGUCAUUCUGGAACUUUAAAUGAAGGUCAUUAUACAUCUUUUGCAAAACAUGAAGAUAAAUGGUAUUAUUUUAAUGAUGACAUUUACACCCAGCUUGAGCCCAGCGAAAGUAACAGAGAUGGUGUUUAUGUAUUGUUCUACAAGAAAGCAGGUUUUAACUGAAAGAAUAAAGGAAUACUAUUUCAUAAUUAAAAAUAUAAUGCAAAAUAUUGAAAACAUUUUACAGAAUUUUGACGAAUGAAAGUUUGUCUUUUCAAUUUUUUUUAUCCAGCUAUGUUUCAUAUUUCACUUGUCUGUAAAAAAAAUAAAGUUUUUUUGUGUUUUUAAUUUCAAUUGAGAAAAUGUGAAGUUAUUGUAGUUAUAUAAUUUUUUGUUAAUGGAUAUUUUUUAACGAAUUUUUGCUUAUGAAAUGUAAAAAUGUAUAUAUUUUAAAUCAUCAAAAAAAGAAGUAUUUUUUUUAAAUCAAAUGUUUAAGUUAUUUGAGGCAAAGUGAAUUUUUCUCUUGUGUAUAUAGUAUUUAUACUCACAUUUUUGUUUAGUUUUUUCUUUUCUUUGUCAUUAUCAACAUAAAUUUAUUGAAUAGCUGCAGUGUAAAUAAUAUGACUGGAGUAUUUUAAAGAUGUAAUCAAACAAGUAUACUAUAAACAAAAAUAAAAAAUUAACAAAAUUAAAAAAUAAAA